GAGGCUCCGCAGAGCAUCAUUACAAGAUGGUGUUUCAGAUGAUAUUUCGCCUUUGCUUGCUCAUUAUUGCCACUGUCAAUGCAGCACCACUGCUUGCACCAGCAAUUCAGGCAGACUACGAUGCUAUAGUCAUCGGCGGUGGUCCAGCUGGCCUGGCAGCAACAAGCGGCUUGGCAAGAGUACGACGAAAUGUCUUGAUGAUCGACUCAGGCGAAUACCGAAACGACCCAACUCGACACGCUCAUGACAUUAUCGGCUUCGAUGGCGUGACUCCAGCAUGGCUCCGCUUCGCUGCCAGACAGCAGAUUGGAGAUUAUGGCACUGUCUCACUUGUUAAUGGAACGGUGACUGCAGUCCAACCACAGAACAACAACACUUUCUUCAAAGUUCUGGUCGACUAUCCUGGAGACAAGUCUGCAUCCUUGACGGCUCGCAAGGUCGUUAUCGGAACAGGGAUGAAAGACAUUCUGCCCUCCACUCCAGGGAUUGCGGAAUGCUGGGGCAAGGGCAUAUAUUGGUGUCCUUGGUGUGAUGGACACGAACACGCUGAUCAAGCGCUCGGUAUUCUCGCUCGUCUCGACAGUGCAGUCACCAGCGUCCGCGAGAUUCUGACCUUGAACACCGACAUUAUCCUCUUCGUCAAUGGAACGGACACGCCAGAGAACCGAAACAUCACAGAGACCAAGUUUCCAGGUUGGGAGACCUAUUUGAAGCUGCAGAACGUCAAGAUCGAGAACCGAACGCUGGCAUCGAUCACGCGUCUGAAAGAUGGAGCAUCGCCUUUCGCGGACCCGAGCCUGCCAACUCACCCCGAGCAUGAUCUGUUCCAGGUUAAGUUCGCUGAUGGUGGCACCACUUUGCGAAAUGCAUUCUUCGCAGACUUCCCAUCUGAACAGAAGUCGAAAGUCGGACAGAAUGCCGGCGUCCAGCUCUAUGGCGAAAAGCUCGCAGCAGAUAACGCCAAAGGACUGGCGACGAAUGUGCCGGGCAUCUUCGCGAUUGGAGAUGCAAACUCAGACAACGUGACCAAUGUGCCGCAUGCCUUCUUCACCGGCAAGCGCACAGCUGUCUUCCUUCAUGUGCAGAUUGAGCGUGAGAACUCGGUGGCGCAGAUAGCAGCAGCUGGGAAGAACAAUCUUGUAGAGCGUGAUGAGAUGAGGUCACUCUGGGCGAGAAUGAAUGAGCCUAGCGAUGUCACGUAUGCUGGCGAGUUCGUUGGAGAAGAAAUGUUGUAAUGGAUGUAAUGGUAAUGCACGAGAUAGCAGCCAUAGAAGGCAUGAAUGCCAAGAAACGUCAGCCGCCGCGGGAGGCUGGAGCUUCGA